UGCUUCUAGUUCUUCGAGAGGGCAGCUGGCAGCCAUUUUGGUUAUUAUUGUUGUAGCUCAGCAGCUCACAAAAUAUCCAGAAACAUCGUUGUUGUGUUGAAGCUGUUCUGGGAAAAGUUGUGAAAUUUUACUAACAUCUAAUUCAAGUGUGACUGGUGCUGAUUUGCAAGCACCCCCGUCUUUUCUGCAGUGCAAACUUUUGUGUGGCCUAAGACCGUUACGGAUCGGGCUGUAAGAUGGCUUGCGCGACGUUAAAACGGUCACUUGAAUUUGAUCCUGUGCAUAGCCAUGGGAGGCCGUCGAAACGUCAAAGAUGUCAACCUAUGUGCGUUUCGCCGAGUUCUUCUCCCAAAAGUGAACCCAUGACGCCACCGUCUGCAUUUUCAGAAGUUUGCCCCAAGCUAACUCCAGAAAUGAUGGCAGCGACUAUUAGAGAAGAGGUACAGCGGUUGCAGCGCCGACGCCAGCUGAAUGGGCACUCACACGAUACUGAUGGAUCCGCCGAAGCUUUGGAAUCUCUGUCCUCUACAUCCUCUUUGCUGUCUCCUAGCACCAUGGAUAAGCCCUUGUUCACAUUCAGACAGGUUGGAAUUAUUUGUGAGCGAAUGCUUCAUGAGCGUGAAGUGCAAAUUCGAGAGGAGUAUGACAGGGCUUUGAACUACAAGCUCUCAGAACAGUAUGAAGCCUUUGUGAAGUUCACAAAUGACCAACUUCAGAAGCAAUUUCAGGCAAACACUGCUCCAAGCUAUCUUUCAUAAGAGAUCAAGAUAUUUUUUCAUCCUUUGGAUUCAAGUACAUCUAUAAGAGCAUUGGUACUAUGAUUUUAGUUUACCAAGAAAUUGUGUAGUUUGUAAAAUUGUCCUCAAAAUUUAUCUCCAAGGCUACUCAUAAAGAAGAAAAUGGGAAAUAACUUCUGCGCUUCUAUUUUUGUUUCAAGCCAUCUUAAAUUUGUGUCCUGAAGUUUCCAUUAUGUAACAGUUUGAUUGCUUCUCUUUAUAUUCAAUGGCCAUUUCCCCCAUUAUUGUUUGUAAGUGUUAAUGUUAUUCAAGGGGUACUAAAGUGAUUUAGAUUAUUAAAAGUAAGGUACUGUUAAGAAUCACUUGCCGGUUAGAAGUUUCAGAUUUUAUGUCUGAUUGAUGAAAAGAAAGUGAUAUUGGAGCUUUUUUGUAAUAAUUAUUAUUCUGACUAUUUUCAUCAUGACUUCUCUGGCAAUAAUCUAGGAGGGGUUGGGUGGGAACAAGUUACUCAGUUGCUUUGAGGCUCUUCCAUCAAGCUGGCACACCUUCCGCCAAAUUUUGUGUUCAAAUGAGGUAAGGGUAUUAUUAUAUUUAGGUAUUACUGGGUAUGCAGAGUACUUUUUUCGCAACUGACUGCAACUACUUUUGUAAUGGGAAGCAUUUUUAAAAUUUGAGUUUUUAUACAAAUUUGAAACUUUAGACUAGGAGGAGCAUGUGGCUCUGCUGUUGGUGUACAUACGACCAGUUUGAGAGGUAUUGUGUUGAGAUCUCUCUGCUCCCGUCUGUGCCUCAUUUCUCACUUACUUUGCAUGUGGUCAAUUUGUGUGACCCUUUUGUGUGACCCUUAAUACUGCAAUGGGUCAUAGCACUUCAGAUUUGGAGAAAUAAGUAGAUUAAGGCUCAGCAUUUCUUCCACCUGAUCAUGCUUGUAACACCUUUACUUACACUGUUAUGUUAAUGUUUCUUUUUCAGUGAUUUGUUAAAAUUAAAAAAAAGUAAAUAAACACUUUAUCCCAUUAUUCUAGAAAAAAAUUAAGUUUCUCUUUUGUUAUUUAUAUAAUUUUUAGUGUUAAGUAUAUUUUAAGUUGACUUUAUUCUCCUAUAUUCAACUGGCUUUCAGCUUUAUGCCUAAGUUUUGCAAUAUAUGUCUUUCAGAUGCUUUGAAGCAAUACACAGGACUACCCGGUAGCCAAAUCAUGUCAGUUACUGGAGGUGACUUUUCUUGUACAUAUAAUACUGAAUGCUCAAUUGUGUUGUUUGUGCACAUGAUUUGUUAACAUUUGAAUAUGUACAUCUGUCAUUAAUUCUAUCCAUAUCCUCUUGGUGCACCUUGUAGGAAUGACAUGUGUGGAACUGGUGUACAUACAUAGUAUAUUUUUAACUAGUAACUUUCCACAAGCCAAUCUAAUACUUUGAUUUUGGCAAUUUAUCUGAAAGAUGAAAUUUUAAGUAAUCUCUCAAUUUGAUGACACAUUGAUCUGUGAUUUACCUACCAUUCUAAUUGAGUCUUCAAAGAAACAAAAUUGUACCAUAUUUUGUUCUACUGUACUGGAAUUAGUCUUAUGCCCUAUGUGGUUUGGUCUCUGCAACAACAAAUACGAUAAUACACGUCAAAAUUAUUUGCAAAGAUGUGAGCCGGAAGUUGUGGAACAUACCCUUUUGACAGUGCAAACUCCCCACCUUAGUCGUAAGAUCAUUUGUUGUAGUGAACUCGGAUGUACAUUACGUAGUUUAAAUUACUUGUAACAAGUUUCGAUAAGCAUUGGUAUAAAUUCUGUAAAGUGACAUUUAUACUAUUAUUCUGAUGCUGAUGUUUUUUUGUUGAGUAUAAAACGUUUAUUGCAAUAUUUAUAUUAAAGUUUUGUAUCAGCGUAACCAUUUUUUUUACAAUGGUCCAAUGUGUGAGUGCUCUGCAAUAAAGGAAGACAAUCAG